AGGGGAGGGGCCCAGCGAGGCGGAUCCGGAGCAAGGGGGAGCGCGGAGGGGCGGGCCCUGGCUGGGUGGUCCCGGGCGGAUCCCGGGAAGGCGGAAGGCUUCGGCAGAGCUGUGCCGCCGAGGCUGAGCGGCCCUUUACCGCUGCCGCCGCCCCGGUGCCCAAACCCGUGGCGCUAUGGAGGCGGCGCUGCUGGGGCUGUGCAACUGGAGCACGCUGGGCGUGUGCGCCGCGCUGAAGCUGCCGCAGAUCUCCGCUGUACUAGCAGCGCGCAGCGCGCGGGGCCUCAGCCUUCCGAGUUUACUUCUGGAGCUGGCAGGGUUCCUGGUGUUUCUCCGGUACCAGUGUUACUAUGGGUAUCCGCCGCUGACCUACCUGGAGUACCCCAUCCUCAUCGCACAAGAUGUCAUCCUCCUGCUGUGUAUCUUUCAUUUUAACGGGAACGUGAAGCAGGCCACUCCUUACAUCGCUGUAUUGGUGUCUUCUUGGUUCGUCCUCGCCCUGCAGAAGUGGAUCAUAGACCUGGCCAUGAAUCUAUGUACUUUCAUCAGCGCGGCCAGUAAGUUUGCACAGCUCCAGUGUCUAUGGAAGACGAGAGACUCGGGAACUGUGAGUGCGCUGACUUGGAGCCUCUCUUCCUAUACCUGUGCAACAAGAAUCAUCACAACCUUAAUGACCACCAAUGAUUUUACAAUUCUUACACGUUUUGUGAUCAUGCUGGCUUUAAAUAUAUGGGUAACCGUGACAGUACUUCGCUACCGGAAGACAGCUAUAAAGGCUGAAUGAUGGAUACAUUAUUCCUUCACACAGUGGAUUCUGAGUAACUGAACCAAAGGAAAAAGAAGCUCUUUGCUAAAUUAAUAAAUUUAGUAAAUUUCAUAAAUUUUAUACAUUUAGUAAAUCAGUUUAUAAUCUUUGAAGCCAAAGGCUUCUUUAGACUUAAAGAGCCACUUAAACACUUGUUUGAAAAUACCAAUUUCCCUCCUUCGUUAGGUUACGGUAGCGCUCAGACAUCUGCAGUGCAGAGAAGGCCCGUGACUGUUGGAAGUCAUCCACGAAGCCCAUUUUGAGGCCAUUUUGACCCUUACUCUUAAGUUCUAUAUGAAGAACUACAUCGAUUUGUUGGCUUUCAGAAUCUUUUAGGAAAUAAAUCCUCUCCAUGACAAAAAUGAACAUGAACGGAGUGGCAUUUUGUUCCAAGUCAGAGGUGGACACCUAUAAUGACUAGGGUUCACUUUCUGGGACUGAUGUUUAAUUGUAACAUAGAUACAACAGGGUGGCCUUGUUUUAUAUAAUACAGUAUUACGCCUGCACGUGCUCUAGCAAGGAUACCAAGGCAAGCACACAUGUAACUGGCUUGAGUUUGUAUCAAAAUAGUCCUUCAAGUUCGCACUGUGCCUUAAGUAAUUCCUAACAAAAGGUACUAGGAUUAGCUGCAAUCUCUUCUUUCGAUGAGGAAAUCCCAGUAAGCUUUCUGCUUCAAGGACAAUGCUGCCAUUGUUUAAAGGGCCACAACUAUAUAAUUACCACUGCUGGAAUCUGGUACAAAAUACGUUUUGUCUACUGAAAACAAAACAGUAAAGGGUGUUAGGUAGGUUCUGUCCAGUUCUUAGGGAUUUUUUUCACAUUAUAGUAUUUUUACCCUAAAUAUGAUGUUAAGAUUAUUAUAUACUGUAUUUUCUUCUAAAUUAACCCUAAUGUUUAAAAACUCACUUUCCCCCUUUAAUUGAAGGCAUUGUUUUGUUAUAUGCAGUAAUGAUGUUUACCAGAGAGAUUGUUUCCUAUGCAAAAUAAAUUUUCAUAUUUUGAAUUCUGCUGAGUCUUAAAA